UGCGGAGUGUAGCGUAUGGUCUUCGCGCUGAGGAAAGCUGAAAGACUACAACUCCCAGCAUGCUUUUGAUAUCUGCGCCUGCGCGUUUGCUAUCCCCUUCGUGCGGCUAGGGUCCCCGAGCGAGACGAGGAAGAUGGCGCUCACCAGUUUUUUACCAGCCCCAACUCAGCUGUCUCAGGACCAGCUAGAAUUAGAAGAAAGAGCAAGAUCUCAGAGAUCAAGACAGACUGCACUGGUAUCAUCGCGCAGGGAACCUCCCCCUUAUGGUUAUCGAAAAGGAUGGAUACCACGAAUGCUAGAGGAUUUUGGAGAUGGAGGUGCUUUCCCCGAAAUCCACGUGGCUCAAUACCCGUUAGAUAUGGGCCGAAAGAAGAAAAUGUCCAAUGCUUUGGCUGUUCAAGUGGAUGCCGAAGGAAAAAUAAAAUACGAUGCUAUAGCUCGACAGGGGCAGUCAAAAGACAAGGUAAUUUACAGCAAAUAUACGGACCUUAUACCUAAAGAAGUUAUGAAUGUGGAUGACCCCGACCUGCAAAGACCUGAUGAGGAAGCAGUGAAAGAGCUAACUGAAAAGACGCGAGCAGCCCUGGAGAAGUCUGUCUCCCAGAAAGUUGCAGCAGCCAUGCCAGUCCGAGCAGCUGACAAACUAGCUCCUGCUCAGUAUAUCCGAUAUACACCAUCUCAGCAAGGUGUGGCCUUCAACUCUGGAGCAAAACAGAGGGUUAUUCGAAUGGUGGAAAUGCAGAAGGACCCUAUGGAACCUCCAAGGUUCAAGAUUAAUAAGAAAAUUCCUCGUGGGCCACCUUCUCCUCCUGCUCCUGUAAUGCACUCCCCCAGCAGAAAGAUGACUGUGAAAGAGCAACAAGAGUGGAAAAUUCCUCCAUGCAUUUCAAACUGGAAAAAUGCAAAGGGGUACACCAUUCCAUUAGACAAGCGUCUGGCUGCAGAUGGCAGAGGACUGCAGACUGUUCAUAUUAAUGAAAACUUUGCAAAGCUGGCUGAGGCUCUGUACAUUGCUGACAGAAAGGCUCGAGAGGCUGUAGAGAUGCGUGCCCAGGUGGAGAGAAAGAUGGCACAGAAAGAGAAGGAAAAGCAUGAGGAAAAGCUCAGAGAAAUGGCUCAGAAAGCUCGAGAGAGGAGAGCUGGGAUCAAAACGCACGCUGAGAAAGAGGAUGGGGAAGCUAGGGAGAGGGACGAAAUCAGACAUGACCGGCGUAAAGAGAGACAGCAUGACAGGAAUCUUUCCAGAGCAGCUCCUGACAAAAGGUCAAAGCUGCAGAGAAAUGAGAACAGAGAUAUUAGUGAAGUUAUUGCCCUAGGUGUUCCUAACCCUCGGACAUCCAAUGAGGUCCAGUAUGACCAGAGGCUUUUCAAUCAGAGCAAGGGCAUGGAUAGUGGCUUUGCUGGAGGAGAGGAUGAAAUUUACAAUGUCUAUGACCAGCCUUGGAGAAGUGGUAAAGAUAUGGCCCAGAACAUUUACAGGCCUAGUAAAAAUGUGGAUAAAGACAUGUAUGGUGAUGACUUAGAGGCUCGAAUAAAGACUAACAGGUUUGUUCCAGAUAAGGAAUUUUCUGGCUCAGACCGUAGACAGAGGGGCAGAGAGGGACCUGUGCAGUUUGAGGAAGAUCCCUUUGGUCUGGACAAGUUCUUGGAAGAAGCCAAACAGCACGGGGGUUCUAAGAGGCCCUCUGAUAGCAGCCGCCCUAAAGAACAUGAGCAUGAGGGCAAGAAGAGGAGAAAGGAGUGAAUGGACUGGCCCAAUUGAGCACCAGGAAUGGACUAUAAGAUGGGACUCCAUGCUCAUUACAUUUUUAUUCUAUAAGCAGGAGGAAUAUGUAUAGUGGAUGGUCACAUAUGAAGCAGUUUAGCAAUUCUGUGCAGUGGAGACAGAUGAGCAUAAUGAUUAUUUUAAGCAGGCCAACAGCCCAUGAGAACAAAGGAGGGAAGAUAUUUCCAUCAUUCCAGGGUAUAUUGUUAUGCAGAGCUUUAGCUGUGCUACAUCCAUGUGCCCUAUCAGCACUCAAGCAUUCUGUCCUCCCAUCUCAGGGCAAGAUAUGCUUGCCUAAAGCUUUUUUUCAACUAGCAAAGCUUUUGCUUAGUAUGAUAGAAGUACUCCUUGUGUAUAUAGCUAACCUCCUGCUUAUGUUAUAAUAAAUGGAAUGUGGGGGAGCUUGUCAGAUUUCUUAUGGUUCACUGUUCUCUCCGGUGGCUGUAUAGUUCAUAUUUUAGCUGAAGGGGAGAAACAAAUGGAUACUGUUUAAAAGUGAAAUACUCACACAUUUCCACUCAGUAACAUUUUUAUUUUAGACUCUUUACAUGUUGGUGAAAUAAAGUCUCCUGCAGGCUGCUAA